CUUCUUCUUCCACACUUGCACAGAGAGAAAAAGACUACUUUUUUUUUUUCCUUUCUUUCAAUUUAUUUUUAUUGCCUCACCUUUCUUCUUACACACUAACAUGAAGGUCCAAGCUUCCUCUCCUCAAGACAACCAACCAUCGAACACUAACAGUACCGAUAAUAAUAACAACAAUAAUCAGUUACCAUCGAUGGACGAACAUGUGAUGCGUUCCAUGGACUGGGACUCGAUCAUGAAGGAGCUGGAGCUAGACGACGACUCCACACCCAACCCCUUGAAGACAGAGUUCACAACCACAGACUCAGCCAUAGGACCACUCUACGCCGUCGAUUCCAACCUCCCUGGCUUCCCCGAUCAGAUCCAACCGUCCGAUUUCGACUCAUCCGAUGCUUAUCAAAACCAAACCACCGGUUACGGUUUCACCUCCCUCGACAGCGUCGACAAUGGAGGAGGAUUCGAUUUCGUCGAAGACCUCAUCCGAGUCGUGGACUGCGUCGAGUCAGACGAGCUACAGCUCGCUCAAGUGAUUCUCUCACGCCUCAACCAACGCCUUCGAUCUCCCGCGGGAAGGCCGUUACAAAGAGCCGCGUUUUACUUUAAAGAAGCUCUCGGUUCGCUUUUAACCGGAUCGAACCGGAAUCAAACCCGGUUAUUAUCUUCCUGGACCGAGAUCGUUCAAAAGAUCCGCGCGGUUAAGGAGUUCUCCGGUAUUUCGCCGAUCCCUCUCUUCUCUCACUUCACCGCGAACCAAGCGAUCCUCGACUCGUUAAACUCGCAGACCUCUUCCUCUCCCUUCGUCCACGUGGUGGACUUCGACGUCGGGUUCGGCGGACAGUACGCCUCGCUCAUGAGGGAGAUCGCCGAGAAAUCGAUCAGCAGCGGGUUUCUACGAGUCACGGCGGUGGUGGCGGAGGAGUGCGCCGUGGAGACGCGGCUCGUGAAGGAGAAUCUGACUCAGUUCGCGGCGGAGAUGAAGAUCCGAUUCCAGAUCGAGUUCGUGCUGAUGAAGACGUUCGAGAUGCUGUCUUUCAAGGCGAUCAGGUUCGUCGACGGAGAGAGAACCGUCGUUUUGAUAUCUCCGGCGAUAUUCCGACGUCUUAGCGGAAUCGCGGAGUUUGUAACUAACUUACGGAGAGUCUCGCCGAAGGUUGUUGUGUUCGUGGACAGCGAAGGAUGGACGGAGAUCGCCGGAGCUGGAUCCUUCCGGCGGGAGUUUGUUACGGCUCUCGAGUUCUACACGAUGGUGUUAGAGUCUCUCGACGCGGCGGCUCCUCCGGGAGAUUUGGUGAAGAAGAUCGUGGAAGCGUUUGUUUUACGGCCGAAGAUCGUUGCGGCGGUGGAGACGGCGGGAGAUCGGAGAAACGUUGGAGAGAUGACGUGGCGGGAAGCGUUCUGUGGGGCCGGGAUGAGGUCGAUACAGCUGAGCCAGUUCGCGAUCUUUCAGGCGGAGUGUUUGCUGGAGAAGGCGCAGGUGAGAGGGUUCCACGUGGCGAAACGGCAGGAGGAGUUGGUGCUGUGCUGGCACGGGAGGGCCCUGGUUGCCACGUCGGCUUGGAGGUUUUAAUUAAGAUGAACCGUGACUGGUUUGUAGGUGGUUUAGAGUUGGUUUGGUUUAACAAAAUGAUAUGAUAUUAUAGAAUCGAAUUGUAUCUACGCCUUCAAUAUUUUCGGUUUAUCUCUGUUUUUGAUCUUUUUUGGUGUUUGACUGUUUUCUAAUUUAAAUAAGGAAAUAAAAUAGUUUCUUACGUAAAGUCUCUGUUUGAGUUAGAGUGUUUAAACUAUUCAUAAACAAGUGUAACUGUGAUUUGAUCAUUCUUGGAGUGAGUGUAUAAAUAAUCUCGAAUGAGCGGAUUUGCUUCACAGAUUCCAUCCAUGGCGCUUCUCGGAUCCGGCUUCACCAGGGAGGUUAUGUUUCUGAUCCAUGUUAUGGUGUAGAUUCAUUAGUAUUUUAAUGACUAACGUUUGUAUUGUCUUGUUCGAAUACAAUAUUACUGUGAACCACGUCUGCGGUUCUGUCUGAUCAUCGCAUCUUGAGAGAAAUAUUUGUCUUCUGUAUGGAAAUUUUCAGGUUGGAUUACGAGUACUGCUUUCUCCACUUGGUUCCAAUAUCGUACUUCGUACAGCAUGCUGUUCCAUUGGCAUCGGGUUGCCAGUAUACUCAACUUUCAAGGCAAUAGAGAAUAGAGAUCAGAGUGCAGAACGUAAAUGGCUUAUUUACUGGGCAGGUUGGUAUUGCAAUUGCAGUCACCUUUCUAAUCAUAUCCCUUCUUCAUCUGUUCACAGGCAUUUGAUUUUUUUUCCUCUCUCCUUGCAGCUUAUGGUUCUUUCAGCCUUGUUGAAGUGUUCACGGACAAGCUCAUUUCUUGGUUUCCUCUGUAUUAUCAUGCAAAGUUUGCGUUCCUCGUCUGGCUUCAACUUCCCACCAUUGAUGGAGCAAAGCAAAUAUAUAACAACCGCCUUCGCCCUUUCCUAAUACGACACCAAGUUAGUGUGGACCGACUCGUGGAUGGAGUCUAUGGAGAAAUGGUACACUGUUGCUUCCUUCACAACUCAGAUGCUUUGCUUUAUUAACAACAGAAUAUUUGCAGGUCAAAGUCGUUAGGACACACCAGGGAGGAAUACGGUUGGUGCGAUCAAUCAUUAUCAAAAUCUUGGGAUCAGGUUUACUUCUCAAAAUCUAACUUUCUUAUCCCCAACCAACUAAUACCUUUGUUACUAUAUAGAAUUUUAUUCUGCUUGUUGUUCCAUCAGGCAAUGAAGCUGCACCACCAAGCGAACGACAAGAAGAAACACCAAACAUUAGCCCUGAACCAGAACCAUCAACAGCAACAAUACGAGACUUAGAAGAAUCUGAAUCCGAUCAUGAAGACUAAUAAAACAAACAAGUGUAACAUCAAGUAUGGUAAUCACUAUUACACAAAACGUCAAAUGGUUGUAUGGUCAUCAUGGUCACGUAAAUCUCAAAUAACUUCAGACUGGUUUACAAAUAAGUUUUUUAUAAUA